AUGAUCGCUUUCAAGAAGAUACGUGCUCCGGCUAGCCGUGCUCAAGGCCUCCAGGGCCUUGUCAGCGCAUCAGCAAAGCUGCCGCCGGAGAAGACGCUCGAGGAGGCGGGCUUGAAGGACUCCAGCUCCAUUUGGGCUGUAGUCCGGCGCAGCGUCAUCGCGCGGACGGACUGUGCAUUCGCGCUGCUCCGCGCCGAUGGCACGGUAUUUGCCUGGGGGGACGCAAGGAGCGGUGGCGACUGCUCCCACUUGAAGGAAGAACUCAGGGAAGUUGAGGCUCUCCAGUCCACGCAGUCCGCCUUCGCUGCUCUGAGACGCGACGGCUCCGUGGUAGCCUGGGGUCAUGGAAGUCAACCUUGGGACUGCGAGCAGCUCAGAAACGUGAAGGCCAUCCAAGCAACCUCCUGCGCCUUCGCCGGGCUUCGCCGGGAUGGCACCGUCGUCACAUGGGGCUCGCGUGGACACGGAGGUGACAGUGAAGUCGUUCAGCCCGAGUUGCAGAACGUCAAGGACAUCCAGGCAACUUCCGCGGCGUUCGCCGCUCUCUUGGAUAACGGCCGCGUGAUCACGUGGGGUGAUGAAAUGAGUGGCGGAGACAGCAGCCAACAGCAACGUGAGCUGCACAGCGUGCAGUGCCUCCAGGCGAAUGACAAGGCCUUUGCAGCACUGCGAAGUGAUGGGCAAGUUGUGGUUUGGGGCGACUAUCUGCAUGGAGGUCUGGAGCCAUUUGACCAGCUGCCCAAGGAUGCCUGCCAGAUCCAGGCGUCUGGGUGUGCCUUCUGUGCUCUCCGCCAGGAUCAAACCGUGGCGUCCUUUGGACAGUUCUGGGAUGGUGUGGACAUGAAAUGGUUCCAACAAAGAGUCACGAACGAUCGCCCAGUUCAUGUGACGGCCAUCCAGAGCAGCGCGGCGGCGUUCGCGGCGCUCCUGGAGGAUGGCUCGGUUCUGGCUUGGGGCGAGGAGGACUGGGGAGGCGACUGCAGCGCCGUACAGGAGCAGCUGCAGCAUGUUCGGAGCAUUCAAGCAACGUUCAACUGCUUUGCUGCACUUCGCGAAGAUGGUUCUGUGGUGACCUGGGGUGAUCCAGACGAGGAGCAGCUAAGAGAGGAGCUGGCGGAUGUCGAGCAGCUUCAAGCCUCCUUGGGCGCCUUUGCCGCGCUCCGGGGUGAUGGCUCCGUGGCGACCUGGGGAUCUGCUUCCGCUGGCGGAGACAGCAGUCAAGUGCAGGAGCAGCUGAAGAAUGUGGAGGCGAUCCAGGCCAACAAAACGGCCUUUGCGGCCAUCCUGGGAGAUGGCUCUGUCGUCACCUGGGGUAACGCUGCCUCCGGAGGUGACAGUAGCGCCCUGCAGGACUUCGAGGCGGCGGCGGGGCGCCGUGCACAUUUUCCCCUUGGCGCCUGUCCGCUUGCAGAGGGCACGUGA